AUGUUAUCACCAUCGCAUAGCGACUCCGCUGCUUCACGUUUACGAAGAGUCAACGCUGCUUCGAAUCCUCUCUCUCCGCCGACAUCUCCUUUCAGAAAGCAAAAUGAAAGGACAGCAAAUGGCAAACGAAUACCGCCUCCAGUGGUACAUUACUAUAUGAAUAAUCUGACGAGCACGCGCGAUCCUGUUGCCCAUCGAGAGACCGUCCUCAUCCUGACACCGCUCGCACGAUUUUACCAGGAAUAUUGGGACAACCUGCUAGCGCUAUCAUAUCCCCAUGAGUUGAUUACGGUGGGGUUCAUAAUACCGAAGAACCGUGAAGGAAACGCGGCAACAGCAGCGCUUCAGGAGCAGAUCACCAAAACCCAGAAAUAUGGCCCGGAAAAGAAUCGAUUUGCCAGCAUCAUUAUCGAAAGGCAGGAUUUCGACCCUCCACUGGCUUCCCAGACCGAGGCCGAAAGGCACAAGAUGGAGAACCAGAAGGUAAGGCGGGCGGCGAUGGCAAAGGCUCGAAAUUCGCUCCUGUUCACAACGCUUGGGCCGGCCAUAUCCUGGGUUCUGUGGUUGGACUCGGAUAUCGUCGAGACUCCUCCAACCCUGAUCCAAGAUCUUGCAUCGCACGAGAAGCCGAUUAUUGUUGCCAACUGCUUCCAGAGAUUUACGGAUCCGAAGACGAAGCUCCCUGCCGAAAGGCCAUACGACUUCAAUAGCUGGCAGGAUAGCGAGAAGGCGCAAGAACUAGCGGCGGCGAUGCAACCGGAUGAGAUUUUACUCGAGGGGUACCACGAAAUGGCUACCUACCGAGUGUUGAUGGCGCAUAUGGCAGAAGUGAAUGGGGAUCCAAAGUUCGAAAUACCUCUUGAUGGUGUCGGAGGGACAGCAUUACUGGUCAAGGCGGAUGUUCACCGAGAUGGAGCAAUGUUUCCUCCUUUCGCAUUCUACCAUCUAAUUGAAACGGAGGGAUUUGCGAAGAUGGCGAAGAGGUUAGGAUGGGCUGCUACAGGGCUGCCAAACUACAAGGUCUACCAUUACAACGAGUGA